AUGUCAGAAGCCCAGAAGUACCAAGGUGCUCUAUACAAAGAGAAACCAUCCAAGGGUCCAAAGCGUAAAAAGGCCGUUACUAUUGCCGAGGAUCCGGUAGAAAAGCCUUCCCUGCAGCCCUACGUGGAGGAUGCACCCGAUAUUGACGAUACCCAGCCCUCCAAAAGCGCUCCUCCCACCGCCCCAAGCCCUCCACCAGCAGCAAAAUCGACCUCAAGGGAUGCCCCCAAAAAACCUGCUACAAAGGAAGAAGCUGUGAACGUGUUUGACUUUCUUGAUCCUGCUGAUGAACGCAACGCUUCUAAGGUCUCCCUUGGGGGCACCAAGGAGCAAAUGAAAAUGGUUCAUGAUGCACCGAAACUGUUUGAACCACCUAAACAGCUUGCACAAAUGCCGAAUUCUCAUGGAGACGAUUCCCACAACUAUGAUGUUGCCUAUGAAGAAAAUGGCUUCUCAUAUGGCUCCGGACCUAUUCCUCCUUCGUUUUACACCGUUGACCCAAACAGAUCUAUGGAUUUCAUGACCCCGGGAAAUGAUCGGUCCCAAGGAGGUCAGAGCUCUUUUCUUCAUAGCUUCGAUUCAAGAAAUGAGACCAUAAAACCAUAUAGCGAUAAAAAGCGGAAACGCAGCAACCCAAAACGUAUAGAGACGCCGGCACACCAGACCAGCUUUGGGGCCGAUAUAUCGAUGGCGGAUGCUCCAUCAAGCACGGUCGUCAACCCCCCAAUAACACCGUCCCUUCAACACUCAGGUCUUACAGGAGGUCUCAGUAAGAUGAUGAAAUAUUCAGAAUCUCCAGAAUCUUCUGACUAUCGAGGUGACCGCGAUUAUCACAAUGGGGAAUCUAUUGCCCAUCCCACGUCGCCGGUCAAACGCACCAGACGCGGCAACAAGGAGUCGAGUGUCGAGAGCGGUCUCGGUAUCUCUGUUAAAAAUAGAUCAGGGAAGCUUAUCUCAGUGGUGGGCGGUGGUGCGACUGGUGUUAUUACAGUCCCGGGUACUAACAAUGACCCGACGUUCAAAGCAUUUACGCGCUCCCGCCGACGAGGCUCACUGGACACUGAGAAAGAACAAGAAAUUCAUAUUCGAAAACACAAGCGUUCAACCACACAACACUCCGAAUCUAGGAAGCCAUCUAAAUCGCAUCACCAUGAAGCCCCAGCUUUGAAUGAAGAUGGGGACUGGGCUGAUUACCAUAAGGAACCGCCACAGCUUCCUCGACUGGCUGGAUUCAGACGGCACCGUGACUCUGACGACAGGUCACGAUCACCUCGCCCCAGUACGUCGAAUGCUGAUACUUUUGAGACCCAUUCUACCAUAUAUAAACAUGGCAACGACGGCGCCGAUGACGUCGUGACUCGCCAGAGAGCGAGAGCCUUUCUGGCAUCGAUUAACAAGGGUCCUGAGAGUGGAAAGGGCUAUUCUGUGCAUAAGAUUCUGAAACGAUUCUAUCGAGAACAAGCGUCGUCGGUCAUUUCAGACGACACUACGGAGCGAGGAGGCAGAAGCCGACGCACCAACCGGGGUGGGGAUAGAGAUAAAAAGGAAGAGGAAGAGCUUUGGAGAAUGUUGCGAUUGAAAAAGAAUGAUAGAGGGGAGGUGGUGUUAUUCUUGCAUGAGUAA